UGGAGGGAAAGGAGGGGAGGCGACGGGGCUUUGUGUGUGUGUGUGUGUAACGAAGAGGCUGGACCUCCGGCCGCUCCAUGGCCGGGCGGGAUUAAGUUUCAUGGCUGGCUGUGUGUUUAUCCCCCGUUACUUCAGGAGGGAAAGGAAGCUGAGGGGAAUGGAAAAGGCUCCCCUUUAAGUCUUGACUCAAAAAGAAAAAACCCAGGGCUGAACAAAACAAUAGCCAUGAGAUGAAGUUGUAGGGCGGAAGAGUGUGUGUGUGUGUGUGUGUGUGUGUGUGUUGGGGGGGGGGGUCAUCUCUUGGAGAAGCAGCUGAGGGCCGAGCACGAAAAUAACCCUGAACUUGGGGAGGGAAGGGGGACAGCUCUGGAGAAGCAGACCCGGCCGGGAAGAGCCUUAUAUUAACAGCUGUUUAGUGAACUGGGAAUUAAGCACGUGAAAACCAUGUUGGAAACAAUAGAUACACAUCGGGCCCUCCAGGCAGUAGAACGCCUACAAGUCAAAUUACGUGAAAGAGGUGAUACCUCAAAUGAGGAGAAAUUGAGCUUACUGAAGUCAGUGCUGCAAAGUCCUUUGUUUAAUCAAAUCUUAAACCUUCAAAUUUGUCUUCCACAGUCAAGAGAUCAGGUCAACAUUGCACCUUUGGCCUCCUCUCCUGGAGAGAUCUUGCAGCUUUCCCAUCAUGGUUCUUCACUCCCAAAUGUGGGUUCUUCAUUCCAGAAUGAGUCCUAUCUGUUGGCUCAGCCAAAUGGCAGCCUUUCUAGCGGGCUGGGAGCAGGCAUACGAUCAGUCACCCCUCAAAUUAAUGGAAAGUUUACCAGUGAUGAAUUUGAAUUACUCAUCAGAAAUAUGGCACAGGGACGUCUUGUUGAGACUAUAGAACUUGUAAAGCCAUCUAAUGGUGGCCUGGGAUUUAGUGUGGUUGGUUUGAAGAGUGAAUACAGAGGAGAACUGGGGAUAUUUGUACAGGAGAUCCAAGACGGAAGUGUGGCACAAAGAGAUGGAAGGCUGCAGGAAGCAGAUCAAAUCCUUGCUAUUAAUGGGCAAGCUCUUGAUCAGACAAUUACACAUCAACAGGCUAUUGGCAUCUUACAGCAAGCAAAAGAUAUUGUUCAGCUGGUUGUGGCUAGGGGUUCUUUGCCUCAACUCAUCAGUCCUAUAAUUUCUCGAUCUCCAUCAGCUGCUAGUACAGUCUCAGCCCAUUCCAAUCCGGUUCAUUGGCAGCAUGUUGAGACAAUUGAGUUGGUGAAUGAUGGAUCAGGUCUGGGAUUUGGGAUAGUGGGUGGAAAAUCAACGGGAGUAAUCGUUAAAACCAUCCUUCCGGGAGGAAUAGCUGAUCAGAAUGGUAGGCUGUGCAGUGGAGACCACAUCUUGAAAAUUGGUGAGACAGAUCUGAGUGGAAUGAGCAGUGAGCAAGUAGCCCAUGUGCUGAGGCAGUGUGGAAACAGAGUGAAACUGGUGAUAGCCAGAGGUCCCAUAGAAGAGCCUGCACCACCAGCGGUUCCUCCAGGGACACCAGUACAGACGUUCAUGGUAGAUAACCAGAGAGAGGAAGAAACACAAGUUGAUACUAUUGCAGAUGGAAACACCUUUGACGUGACACUUACGAAAAACAUCCAAGGAUUAGGAAUAACUAUUGCUGGCUACAUUGGAGACAAAACUUCAGAACCCUCUGGGAUUUUUGUGAAGAGUAUCACAAAAGGCAGUGCAGUUGAGCAUGAUGGUAGAAUCCAGGUUGGAGACCAAAUUAUUGCAGUGGAUGGAACAAAUCUUCAGGGUUUUACCAACCAGCAAGCAGUUGAAGUUUUGCGGCGCACUGGCCAGACAGUUGGACUCACAUUGGUCAGAAGAGGCCUCAAACAGGAAAUUCACAUUCGGCCUCAUGAGGACUUCAGUGGUGCUGUUGAAAAGGAUUUAAUUUUUCAAACGAUGGAUAUUGGCACAGGCAAAGAAAGCUGUGAAAGAGAGCAGGAAUCUCCAUUACUGUCAUGCAGUACCAGUGUGGUUCACAUUGGAGAAGACAUUAGUCCACAACAACCAGGUUUUCAGAUAAAUUCCACAGAUGAAGAAAUGCCAUUACAUAACAAAUGGCAGACAAUUUUGGGGACAAAUUAUGAAGUUGUGGUAGCUCACGUGAACAAGUUUAGUGAAAGCAGCGGACUGGGGAUAAGCUUAGAAGCUACAGUGGGACAUCAUUUCAUCCGAUCUGUUUUACCAGAAGGGCCAGUUGGAAGAUGUGGCAAGCUGUUCAGUGGAGAUGAAUUGCUGGAAGUAAAUGGAAUAUCCUUGCUUGGAGAAAACCAUAAGGAUGUGGUAAAUAUUUUAAAAGAGCUGCCCAUCAAAGUCACAAUGGUUUGCUGCCGUACAGCUCCACCUGCAAAGCACUCAGUCUUGGAGGAGUCUCAUAUGAUGGAACAGUCUCAUAUAGACCUUGGUGGACUGCCUGGCUCUUCAGAGACAGAAGAUACGAACUUGGAAACGCCUGAUAUGGGCCAGAAUACAGAUGAGGCUCAAGGAUCCUCUUUGGCAAUGUGGGAAACGGAAGUACAGCAAAUUGAAUUAGAGAAAGGGAGCAUGGGACUAGGUUUUAGCAUAUUAGAUUACCAGGACCCAAUGGACCCUGCAAAUACCGUGAUUGUGAUCCGCUCUCUAGUUCCUGGCGGUGUUGCUGAAGAAGAUGGCAGACUUCUCCCAGGAGAUAGGCUCAUGUUUGUCAAUGACAUCAACCUGGAAAAUGGCAGCCUGGAGGAAGCCGUGCAGGCACUGAAAGGAGCCCCAAUGGGAACAGUUGGAAUCGGAGUCGCUAAACCACUGCCUCUUUCACCAGAAGAGGGCUAUGUUUCUGCUAAGGAAGAUUCCUUUUUCUACACUGCCCAGUCCUUUGAGGAGGAAGGGCUAACUGAUUCAGCCCUCUUCCAUGCUGAGCUGGCUCUGGUGGACUCAAGUGAGGCAGAUCUAGCGGAGGAAUCCACCUUUGAAUCUCAGUAUUCCCCAGACAAUGAUGCUACAUUCCAGUCUCCAGUUUCAGCUCUACAUGGCAGCACCUCUGUGGAUGAUCUGAAGUAUAAUUCCUCUUCAACUCCCAAGACGGUGUGCAAAGAAAGUUGUGAUGCUUCAACCAUUUAUCGUCAAUUGUCUGACCAGAACUUGUACGCUAUGGAUCUAAUGCAAAGAAGAAUGGAGAGUAAAUCUUCUGUAGAUGUGUGUGUGGAAGAGUCUGCUGGAUCUUGUCUUGUGAGCCCAACAACACAUUCUUCUAAGAAACAAGUUGAACAUGAAAACACAAAUAUUUGGAAACAGUCUUCAUUAACACCUGAACUCUCACACAAUGAGGACUUGACUCUCAAAGCUCCAUCUGAUUCUAUUGGAAAGGAAAAUAAUAGUCUAACACAUUCUGGGAAAUCUUCUGGAAUCCUUAAUACAAACAGAAAUAAAUUUGAGAAGACUAUAACUAUUGCAAAAGGGAACUCGAGUUUAGGGAUGACAGUAAGUUCCAAUAAAGAUGGCUCAGGAAUGAUAGUCCGGAGCAUCAUCCAUGGUGGUUCUAUUAGUCGUGAUGGACGAAUCGGUGUAGGAGACUGCAUACUGUCUAUUAAUGAGGAACCUACCACUAAUUUAACCAAUGCACAGGCACGGGCAAUGCUAAGGAGACAUUCUCUCAUUGGACCAGACAUAAAAUCUUCUCCAGCACCUGCUGAUGAUCAGGCCCCCUUUUAUGUUAUUAGCUAUGUGCCAGCAGAGCAAUUAGAAGAGUAUCAGGCUAGUUUAAGCCAGCAAUCAGGAGUGAUGUCAUUAGAUGUUUUCCCUUCCCAUGCUGUGAGAGAAAUCCCAGAACUACCAGAACGUGAAGAAGGGGAAGGAGAGGAAAGUGAACUUCAGAAUGCUAGCUAUAAUAACUGGAACCAACCAAGACGUGUUGAGCUCUGGAGGGAGCCCAGCAAAUCCCUGGGAAUCAGCAUUGUUGGUGGACGAGGAAUGGGAAGUCGCCUGAGCAGCGGAGAAGUCAUGAGAGGAAUCUUUAUUAAGCACAUUCUUGAAGACAGCCCUGCUGGCAAAAAUGGAACCUUAAAAACAGGAGAUAGAAUAGUGGAGGUGGACGGGAUUAACCUCAGAGAUGCGAGCCACGAACAAGCUGUGGAAGCCAUACGGAGGGCAGGCAAUCCUGUAGUCUUUAUGGUACAAAGCAUUAUAAACAGACCAAGGCCAGAAUCUCUCUAUAGCUCUUUAUCGUCUUCUGCUCCCAGUGGGCAGAAACCUAAUAAUCCAUUUUACCACCAAUCAUCACAGAAUCUCCUUAUGCCUUACCUGCAGUACAACCCUUUCAGUAAGCCUCCUGCCUUCAGCAGCACUAACCCUUUUGUUGAUCCUCUCCAGUUCAACACUAACAAGGACGUGCAGCAUCCAAUUAGAUUUACCUCCAGUUGCUCCCCAUGUAACCCCUUUGCACCUACACCAUUUAAGGCAUCCAGUCAGUCAGAUUCAGAGCCAGAAAAGACUUCAUCUUGUAAUUUGCCUCUGCCUCCUCCUUCAGUAUCUUCAGGGAUGAGUGGGGAGGUGGUGCCGCAGUCCUGUAACAAACACAUGGAAGACAGGGAUAAGGAAGACGAGUUUGGAUACAGCUGGAAAAAGAUCAGUCACCGGUAUGGUAAUCUAUCUGGAGAUCUGCACAUGAUAGAAUUGGAGAAAGGGAAGGCUGGCUUAGGACUUAGCCUUGCUGGGAACAAAGACCGAUCCAAGAUGAGCGUUUUUGUUGUGGGAAUUGAUCCAAAUGGAGCAGCUGGAAAAGAUGGCAGGCUGCAGAUUGCAGAUGAGUUACUGGAAAUAAAUGGACAAGUUCUAUAUGGAAAGACUCACCAGAAUGCAUCUUCAAUAAUUAAAUGUGCACCUUCUAAAGUAAAAAUAAUAUUUGUCAGAAACAAAGAUGCUGUCCAUCAGAUGGCUGUUUGUCCUGGGAAUUCAACAGAGACCUCUACUACAUCUUCUGGGACUCAGCAUGAUGAGGGUGAAGUGAAUCUUCAGAGUCCUGUUUCAUCUGUAGAUUUGAGUUUAUAUAAGAAUAUUCAAAAUGUGGAACUGCCUAAGGAUCAAGGUGGCAUAGGCAUUGCCAUUGGCGAAGAAGACACAUUUAAUGGUGUGGUUAUUCAGAGUUUAACAGAGCAUGGUGCAGCAGGAAAGGAUGGCCGGAUUAAAGUUGGAGAUCAAAUUUUAGCAGUUGACGAUGAAAUUGUUGUGGGAUACCCUAUAGAGAAGUUUAUCAGUUUGUUGAAGACAUCAAAGCCCACAGUGAAGCUCACAGUCAAUUCAGUAGAACAGGAGAUUCAGACAGCUGCUCAGCCACAGCCACUGAGUUACAGUACUACUUCGGGUGAGAAAAAUAAUAUCCAGCAGCCAGCAGUUGUUCCACCUUCUGAAUCACCAGAACCGGAGUCAAUUAAAAACACAAGCAGGUCUUCAACUCCAGCAACAUUAGCUUCUGACCCAACAACAUGUCCCAUCAUCCCUGGCUGUGAAACUACAAUUGAUAUUUCCAAGGGACGUACUGGUCUCGGCUUGAGCAUUGUAGGAGGAGCUGACACCUUGCUGGGAGCCAUUAUUAUCCAUGAAGUUUAUGAAGAAGGAGCAGCUUCCAAAGAUGGAAGACUGUGGGCUGGUGAUCAGAUCUUGGAGGUGAAUGGUAUUGACCUAAGGAAUGCGACACAUGAUGAAGCCAUAAAUGUUCUCAGACAGACGCCUCAAAAAGUCCGCCUCACUGUUUAUAGGGACGAAGCCCAAUAUAAGGAGGAAGACAUGUAUGACGUACUUAGCAUAGAAUUACAAAAGAAACCAGGAAAAGGUCUUGGACUCAGUAUUGUUGGGAAAAGAAAUGAUACUGGAGUAUUUGUAUCAGACAUUGUCAAAGGAGGUAUAGCAGAUCUAGAUGGGAGAUUGAUGCAAGGCGAUCAGAUAUUAAUGGUGAAUGGUGAAGAUGUUCGAAAUGCUAACCAAGAGGCAGUGGCUGCUUUGUUAAAGUGCUCAUUAGGUACAGUCAGACUAGAAGUUGGAAGAAUAAAGGCAGGUCCAUUCCAUUCGGAGAGGAGAACGUCUCAGAGCAGCCAGGUCAGUGAAGGAAGUGGCAGCCUCUCAUCCUUCAGUUUCCCAGGUUCUGGAUUGAAUGCACCUGAAAGUUAUGAGAACACUCUGAAGAAGAAUUCCUUGGCAUCUGAAAUACAAGGAUUACGAACAGUGGAAAUCAAAAAGGGCCCUUCAGAUUCUCUGGGAGUUAGUAUUGCUGGAGGAGUUGGAAGCCCUCUUGGAGACGUUCCCAUUUUUAUAGCCAUGAUGCAUCCCAAUGGAGUUGCAGCACAAACGCAGAAACUUCGGGUUGGAGACAGAAUUGUUAGCAUUUCUGGAACAUCUACAGAAGGCAUGACUCAUUCUCAGGCUGUUAGUUUGCUGAAAAAUGCUUUGGGCACAAUUGAAAUACAGGUUGUAGCUGGUGGAGAUGUCAGUGUUAUAACCAGCCAGCAACAAGAUCCACCAACAUCUAGUCUUUCAUUUGCAGGACUAACAUCAAGCAGCAUAUUUCAAGAUGAUUUAGGACCUCCACAAUACAAAACCAUCACUCUGGAUCGAGGACCAGAUGGCCUGGGCUUCAGUAUUGUUGGUGGGUACGGAAGUCCUCAUGGAGAUCUACCCAUUUAUGUUAAGACAGUAUUUGCAAAGGGUGCUGCUGCAGAAGAUGGACGCCUAAAGCGAGGGGAUCAGAUCAUUGCUGUCAAUGGGCAGAGCUUGGAAGGGGUCACACAUGAAGAAGCUGUAUCUAUUCUGAAAAGGACAAAAGGAACUGUCACAUUGACUGUUCUCUCUUGAAUCCUCUACCCAAAGGGGUCAGCACACAAUUCCUCUGUCCAAAUUUGUGUAGCAGAGAGAAUGGACAUGUUUAUGUAGCUCUCUUGUGGUUGCAAAUUGUCAGGUUCUUCUACAUCAAAGGUGAAAAAAUAACAAAUCCUAUUUUUAUAAACAGUAGAAAUAUUUUCUUGCGAAGGAUUUCAAAGAUGGGUUCUGUAGUGUAGGACUGUGACAGGAGAUCUAGAUAACAUUAGUAGAAUCACAACAGAGGAAUGUGGAGACAGCGUGGAGUAUGGAGACAGAAUAAAAGGACCAAAAAAGAGAGAUAUUUUGAUAAUGUUGAGACACAUGGUGUUGGGUGUAAUAAGUUAGGUGUCCUGGAUUUCUAAAAAUGCACAAUCCUUGGGUGUUUUUUUUUAAAUACCAGCAUUACAUAAGUAAUGCUAAAUUAACAGACAGAAGUUUUAAAAACAUGGGUUGAUCAGGCUGAUUAAAUUGUACUACUGCUGUUAUUAUAUGCUCAGCAGUGAAAUGUGAAGUUCCAAACUCUUUUCUGUAAUAACUUUGGAUGGGAAACAACACAUUUUUUAAAAAAAAGAAAAGGGUUUAUAAGCUUGCUCAGCAUUCAUGAAAACUGUAAUUCUGGACUGUUAUUUUUAUUCACUAGUAGCAAAAUGCCCAUCAUUGCAAGCAGUGCCUCUGUUAUGUCCCAGGGAUAUAGGUCACCUCCUCUUCCUUCUCUGUACAGUUUCUGGCUGUGAUAGCUAGGCCAUGCAAGGUCAAAACUGCAUCGAAUCAUAGAAUCAUAGAAUAGUAGAGUUGGAAGAGACCUCAUGGGCCAUCCAGUCCAACCCCCUGCCAAGAAGCAGGAAAUCGCAUUCAAAGCACCCCCGACAGAUGGCCAUCCAGCCUCUGCUUAAAAGCCUCCAAGGAAGGAGCCUCCACCACAGCCCGGGGGAGAGAGUUCCACUGUCGAACAGCCCUCAUAGUGAGGAAGUUCUUCCUGAUGUUCAGGUGGAAUCUCCUUUCCUGUAGUUUGAAGCCAUCUGCAAAGCAGAUUUUCCUAUUUGCAUUGUUUCUCAUAUUCUCUACAGGAGUGGAUGUUAAUUGUUACACAGAUACAUGCACACAUGCAUAAAUGCACACACCUGAUAGUUUUUGGUGGAGAUUUUGAUCUUAAACUCUGGCUUUGACCCUAAAUCUUUAGAUUAAUUGCAGAGGAAACUUCGGAAAUGUAGACAGAGAGUCUAGAGGAUAAAUGUAGAGGCAGUUAUUUUUAAUAAUUUUAUGUACUUAACUAUAUAAAUUUGGCCUCUGCUGUAUGAUAUUUGGAAACCCCUGUAUGAGUUACAGCAUGACUCUCGUAUCUUUGGAGAAUGUAUUCUGAACUUAGAGUGAAAAUGUGAAACCACUGAUAAUAGUGAGUCAUACUGAAAUGAACAACUUUUGGUGAAAAUAUACUAUAGAAUUGCACUAGAGGACCUAGAAAAUGCCUAGAAGAAAUAUUUUUUUUCAGAUGUGUAAGUGAAAUCGCAGGUACCAGUCCUAUGAAUACAGGGAUCAUACUGUAUAUGCAAAAGUGUAUCUGGGAUCUUUUAAAUGUGAAUCCCAAGUAUAGAACUUUAACCUUCCUUUGGACAAGACAUCUAUUUUGCCAGUGAGCCUUUCACCCCUGAAAUAUCACUGAAUAUCACCUAUUAUUUUCUUUUUUCAUGACACCUAGCAGUAGAGGAGGAUGAGAACUUCAUUUCAAGAAUUGGGGGAUAUGAAUUUACCAACAUUUGAAAAUGUCUUCAUCUGUAAGAUGGAAGAGUUUAAAACAUUCUGCUAUGGUAAAAGAUGAAACUGAUUUGUUCUUCCAAACUUUGAACUAUAAAUAUUGAAACCCUCAGAAGUCUGGAUUAGAACUCUUGGCUUUUAGGGCUGGAUUGGGGUUGCCAUCCCUUUUAUAUGUAAGCAGAUACAACCUAGUACUCUCCAAACUGAGAGGUGAAUUUACUGAGGUGGGGAAAAAAUGUUUGAAUGAUUUGCAAUUAAAAUUCAUAUAUUUCUUUUAAUUCAUUUUUAAACCUUUGAACUCUAGAAAAAGCCAAAGUGAUGUAUUUCCCAUCCUUACUCAGGAACCUGAGUUAGUAAUAGAGUAUGAAGUCAGAUGUCUUAAGGAAGGCAUUGCGUUAAAUCAUACUUUAGUUUCUCCCAAGUACAGUUUAGAACAUUUCGUUCUUGGAGCUACAACUCUCAGAAACCUUUAGGCAACAUAGCAAGCCCUCAGCCCUAUGUUUCCAUUCUUACACUGUCAUCGUUUGUAUGAGAGGUUGUGUAUGCAAUUUGGGAGAUGUCUGUAAAAUUAAAGAGUAGUUUUGAGAUGUAACCCAAAGAGAACUAUAAUCACUAUUGCCAGGAGCCAAGAGGAAUGAGAGAUCACAUCUGGGGCAAAUUUUAGAGAGCUGUCUGUGCCUGCUGUUUUUAUUUGAUGUAUACCUGAAUUCACAACAGAUAGAUUAUUUGCUCUUUCUUAUCACUACAGUGAGACUUUAUUUCUGUGAAGAUUUAUUCCUCAUAACAGCAUACUUAUAUUUUGUGGUUGACAGGGACAAAUGCUUCACAUCCCCAGCCAUUGUUUAAUGCUGGAUGUUGUUUGCUCUUGUUCAUGUCUAGUAUUUUCAUUCAAAUGCUCAUAAAAUGGUUAAUAUCAGGACAUAAGGAACAUGUUAGGCUUCCACCAUGAUCACACCACAUCUGUGGAGAACAAUAGUCCAAAGAGGAUCACAGUGUCUAUAAUGGAGCUUCUUCAUGCAGUCAUGAAUGUUGAUGAGCAAAGCAGAGAUUCUCCUGUUCAAACUAUCACUCCAAAUCUGAAAAAUGAUGGAUGCAACAAUAUGGUGACGUCCUGCAAUGCCCCUGUGCAUACAUUAAUUUUAAACCUUUUUGUGAUUAUUGGUAUAGUGCUUAACUUUGUGCAUAUUUAAACAAUACUAAACUCUAGGGCACAUUGUUUUGAGAAGCAUAUGAGUGAGAAACAUCCAAAGAGUAGCUCUGUGAUGCAGAAGAAAAACAAGGAACAAAAAUAAUUUGCAGUUGAAAACAGAGGCAGUUGAUAUUCAGAAAUCGGUGAGGGAGAAGCAAAAGCUUAAAGCAUAAUCCUAAGUAUAUUCACCCAGACCUAAGGCCCAAAUUGAAUUGACUUAGACUGUAAUCCUAUACACACCUAAAUAGGACAAGAUCUUGUUGAACUCAUUGGGGCUUACUUCUGAGUGGGUGUUUAUAGGAUUGUUUUGCCAUUCUGUCUCCUGUGAGCAUCUACUCUUUCAAUCUGUAUGUAAUGUUGUAUUCAUUUCUUUAACUUUUCACCUUGCCCCACAGCACAGUUUUCUAUGGCCAUCACAGAACCCUCUGUAUCUUAUCUUAUUCUGCUUAUCCUACAUUAAAAGUUUAAAUUUCAUAAGAGUAGCCCAAACAAGGAUUUUGUGAGCCCUUUAUUUUCUCUGUAACAUGUACCUAGUUUUCAGAGAGUAAGUAGUGGUUUAUUGUCAUAUUUCAAGAGAGAGAGAGAUAUUGCAGAAUAAAGUACAUUCAAAGAAACACAGCUCCUUUUCCUAUCUAUCCUAUACAUGCCAAGGUUUUUCACUGUUCUCAGGGCUUGCAGUUUGUUUGUUUAUUUCCAUCAUUUAGAUCACAUUUUGUUUAAAGCAAUCCAUUUACCCUUUUUGUGGAAAUCAUUUUGCAUCCCUUUGUGCUUUACUAUGAAUUGUUUUUUUUAGAGGAAUGGAAGCUUCUUUAGAUUCAAGGCAAUCUAGAACUGCCCCCAUGCUAAAUUAUCUUGGUAAGUCAUUAAUGGCUGGCAAUGCAUUGCUUCUACUAAGAAGAAAAGCUAAUUUUCAAGUAAAAUAGUGCACCAGAAGAGAAGUCUAUAAAAGCACUGAACCAGCUUGAAAAAAAGGUUAAGCAUGUUCAAGUCUAGCAGGAAACAUUUUCCCCAUCCCCAAAUCCCUUUCUUAUGCUGGAAAUAGCCACUAUAGAAUUUCAUAAGACAGUAAACUUUCACAGCCAAAUUAAGAAAGCUAUCCAAAUGUGUGCUAUUUCCUUAGAACAUUGUAAUGGAAAAAAUUAAACUUAAUUUCCUAGAAGUGUGUUACUCUUGUUGCUAAAGUAAUGUCAGAUCUUUUGAUGCAUUCUCUCCUGAAAAUAUAAUGGAAAAGUAAGGUUUCUCAUUCACCAGAACAAUGAUUUGUCAUCAGUUUCCUAUUGUUUUCUUGAGUCUUGUUGAUUGCUCUGCAGAUGUUCAAAAUAAUAUAAGAGGCUAUCGAUUGAAUUGUUGAUGUUUAAUGAAAGAGGAAAUUUAAAGACAAACCAGUUAGAAAAAUAGGAGAAGCACAAGUAGCUUUUCUUCAGAAUGAGGGGAGAAUUAGGAAGUUAUUGUGAUAUUUUUAGAAAUCUGGUGGUUAAUAAAAACUUAAAUGAAUGAGGUCAUUUGGUAUCAUUAAUUAAUUACAGAUGUUACAUGGGCUCGCCCCCAUAAAAUACAGUAACUGGAAGCAAUCAGUGUUGAAUUACUGUCUUGUAUGCACUAACAACUUAGAAUGUGUUAUGGCUACUUUACAAUAUGUGCAACCACUUGAAAUAUUCUCUAUAUUUGUAACAGAUGUAGUGUACAGAUAUUUUAUUACUGCCAUUGUGUCUAAAUGCAGAAUUAGUUUAAUAAAUGUGAAGCUGUCUGUGGUGAACAAA